UUCAAGUUGCCAUAGCUGCGAGUGUGGGGAGAGCCGAGUCGGUUACCCCGCAGCGUCGGGUCGGUGGCACCUUCGGGGCCCCUGGAAGCCGCGGGAGCCGGGUGGGGCCUCGGUGAUGAUCCGGCCUUAAGCACCCGGAGUCAUCUUGUGUCUCAGGUGGUUUGAGGAAAGUGUAGGGGCAACCAAAGACCAUCAACUUGAGUAGAUCUUCUGCCCUGAACCUCAUGAAGAAAUGAGAGGAGGCGGGCAUACGUGCCUCAGGAGAGCACUGAGCUCAAAGGACAGCAGCCUGGGUUUUUGCGGGUGUGCUUUGAGUUCCAUCACAUGCAGGAAUUUGAACAACGUUCUUUGCUCAGAGUAAUUGAAAUUACUGACAGAAGACUUUGUGUAUCUGCAUUAGUGAGACUCAUGGGGAAAGUGUGAUUCUGCUGUGGUAAAAGUAUGCAAUCCUAGCUGGGAUUUGUAUACAUCAAUGGCAGAAUCGUCCAGUGAUUCAGAACAAUUCCACUACCAUGACCCACUGAAUCGACGGGCUGCCAGGACAACACCCAGGGAGACUAGAAGUCAACCUGCAGUAAAUGUCACCGACAAGGUGAACACGAUAACAAGUACUUUACAGGAUACCAGUCGGAACCUGCGACAAGUGGAUCAGAUGCUUGGGCGAUACCGAGAAUAUAGCAUUGGACAGGCGGGUACUAUCGAAAAUUUAAGAGAAAGCUUGGAGCAGUCAAUAAGCCAAUUGCGGAGUCAGCGCUUACAGAGGACCUCGGGAGGGAGAAGUGUUUCCAGUCUGAGUGCAAGUGACCUCGAUGGUGGCACUGUGGCAGAGAGCCUCCGUUUUCCACCUACUUCAACUCUCAAGGACUAUGACCCACAGGGAAUGAAACGGAACAGGCCCAGAACUGGUGUCCGGUUUGUUGGCGAGUCUGAUGACAUGGUCCAGCUUCACGCGUUUCAUCAGUCGCUCCGAGACCUCAGCAGUGAGCAAGUUCGCCUCGGCGAGGAUUUCAACAGGGAGCUCUCCAGAAGAAGCCGGUCAGAUGCUGAAACAAAGAAGGCUUUAGAAGAACUGACUGAAAAGCUUAAUGAGGCCCAGAAACAAGAUGUGGUUUCCAAUAGGGUGGAGCGGCGCCUUCAGGAAAUUGAGAGAGAGAUGCGCACAGAAAGAGAGCUGGUGGAAAAACAUCAGGACCAACUGGGACUUAUGUCCCUGAAGCUCCAGGAGGCAUUGAAGAAACAAGAAGCUAAAGCAGAUGAGAAUGAGGGAGCAAUGAAAAAUAAACUAUUGCAAGCAGAGACUGAGAAGAGUCAACUUGAGCAGGAACUGGAGAGAUCUCGCUGGCUGUUGAACCAAUCUGAAGGCAGCAGAGAAACACUUGUGCACCAGGUAGAAGAACUGCGUUCACAACUUACUAAAGCCGAAGGUGACCGGAAGGGUUUACAACAUCAAGCAUCCUGCUUUUCCAAGCAGCAGUCAAACCAUCAGGAUGACCAAGGAGAUGACUGGAGGUUCAGAAGAGGGGUUGAGAGGGGAAAGCAAGGCCUGGAGAAGCAGCUGUCGGAUUUGAGAGCGCAGCUGAACUUGAACGCCAUGGCGUCGGAGCUAGAGGAGGCAAAGCGGUGCAUGGAGCGGAAAGACAAGGAGAAAGCAAGCUUGGUUGUACAAAUAGAGACUCUCAGACAGGAGUUAGAGAACAGGGAACAACAACAAGUGAAGAUGCUGGGUCAGCUGAAGGAGAUCCAGAACCACCUGGAGACCUGUGAGGCUGACCGCAAGCGCAAUGACCUGCACAUCACUGAGCUGACCCUCCAUGCGGAGGACGCCACCAAGCAGGCCGAGCACUACCUCACUGAGUUCCAACAGUCCGAGGCCCUGCGAGAGGAGGCAGAGAAGAGGAGAGAAGACCUGAAAGCAAGAGCCCAAGAAUCCAUUAGGCAGUGGAAGCUUAAGCACAAGAAGUUGGAGAGAGCCAUGGAGAAACAGUCUGAGACCCUCAAUGACCUGACAGACAAGAACAAUCAGAUUCUGAAAGAAAAGGAAGAAUUGAAAAGUCAGCUUUAUACAGCCUUUCAGCAGAUCGAGAACCUCAGAAAGGAGCUGAGCGAGGUCCUGAGCAAGCACGCCAUGCAGGAAGAGGAGCUGCACCGCAAGGAGGAGAAACUGAGUGAAGUUGAGUCUCAUCGGGCUGACCUCGACCUGGAAGCCAGGAAUUCCCUGGACACCAUCCAUAGACUGGAAAGUGAACUGAAAAGACAGAGUAAGAUACAAGGUGAGAUCAAAGCUGAGAAAGCCCACCUGGAAGAAGAGAUUGAGGAACUGAGGAAGAGCCAGGCUCAGGACAAGUGUAAGCUUCUCCAGAUGCAGGAGUCCAUCAAGGACCUGAGUGCCGUCCGAGCAGAUCUUGCUACUAAGCUGGCUGAGGAGGAGCGAGCCAAGAAGGCUGUGCUUAAGGACCUCGCUGACCUCACGGCCCGGGCGAAAUCCAAAGACGAAGAAACUGCGACCAUCAUCACGCAGCUGAAGUUAGAACGAGAUGUUCACAAGAGGGAGCUGGAGGACCUCACCUCAUCCUUGCAGAGUGUGAAAACGAAGCACGAGCAAAACAUCCAGGAGCUGAUGAAGCACUUCAAGAAAGAGAAGAGCGAAGCGGAGAAUCACAUCCGGACACUGAAGGCAGAAAGCUUGGAAGAUAAGAACAUGGCAAAAGUCCAUCGCUGUCAGUUGGAGAAGCUGAAAUCGCAGUGUGAGAGACUGACAGAGGAAUUAACCCAGAAUGAAAAUGAGAACAAAAAACUGAAGCUGAAAUACCAGUGUCUGAAGGACCAACUAGAAGAAAAGGAAAAGCAUAUAAGCAAUGAAGAAGAGCACUUACGGAGGAUGGAGGAGGCCAGGCUGCAGCUCAAGGACCAGCUUCUGUGCCUGGAGACGGAGCAGGAAUCCAUUCUUGGUGUGAUAGGAAAGGAAAUUGAUGCAGCUUGUAGGACUUUCUCCAGGGACUCACUGGAGAAACUGAAAGUUUUUACCUCUGGUUCUGAAGUACACUGUGACCCACAUCGCUGGUUGGCAGAAAGCAAGACUAAACUUCAGUGGCUCUGUGAGGAACUGAAGGAGCGAGAAAAUGGAGAGAAAAGCCUGCGACACCAGCUGGCACAGUGCAGACAGCAGCUCAGGGACCUCAGUGAGCACAAGGAGACCGAGCUCCACUGUCUCUUUGAGCAGAUAGAAAGGCAGGAGCGACUUCUGGAAGAAUUCCACCAGGAAAAGAGAGAUUUGCUAGAAGAGACCCAAAGGAAAGAUGAAGAAAUGGAGUCUCUGCAGGACCGUGUAAAUGCAUUAGAAAUGAGUAACCGUGUGGCCUUGGACCAUCUGGAGUCCGUGCCUGAGAAACUGAGCCUACUAGAAGGUUUCAAAGACUUGAGAGACUCCUGUAAUUCAACUGAGAGACCUGACGGGAGAUACUCUAGAUUCAGGAUUCACAGAGAUUCUCUUCAGCAGCACAGGGACGAUACCAAGUUCAGAUUCAAAGGCUUCAAGGAUGACAGGCUCUUUACCGAAGGUUCCCACGCUCAUGGGUUAGAUCAUUCAACCUCUUGGCAGGAUCACGGCCGCUUCCUGUCUAGUCCACGAUUUUCACACUUGAACUCCUGUCCAACAUUUACCAAAAGAACCACUGCUCCAGAUUCAGCUUCAAUCAAGGAAGAUGCCACAAGUUCACCAAUGAAUGGAACAAGUCUUCAAUCCAAGAAGGAGGAAUAUGAGAGCAAAAAAAGCAAAAUGUAAUUAGUUACUCGGCUUGAGCAUUUUACAAAUAAUAACCUAUCUCUUCCUGCUGCCGUUUGGCCCAGGUUGUCUGGCAGACAUUCCCAUGGCUUUGGCUCUUUGGAAUUGCCAAACACCAACUAACAGGAUAAUGCAGUUAGUCUUUGUGAAUGAUAUGAGUUUAACCAAUGCAACAUAAACUCAUGAAUAAUAUGCAGCUAACUUAUUGGCAACUCAUACCAGCAGAGAAAGUGAUUUUUUUUUCACUUUGUAUUUCCCUGUAUUUUUAGUGUGAUCAGUCACAGUUUCCCUUACCCAAACUUGAAUUUAUAAUUGAUGCUUUUCAAAAAUUACUGACUAAAAUAAGGAAAGGGAGUUCCUUGAUGCAAACAUUUCCAGCACUUUAGAAUCAAGGAACAUUUAUUAUAUAGAAUACAUUUUUAGAUGCUUUCUCCCUAAUAAAUUCUCAUGUGUUAUAACAUGCCAUGGAGAUAUGCAUGUAAAAUAUUAGACCACUUUAUAAGUGCCCAAGACUGUGAUGUCUAUCAACUCAGCAGUCUACUGCAAUGUGUAGUAUCUUAAAACUAUUUCCAAUCAUCCAUUUUUAAUAGCAAUAAAGAAUUUUUAAAUGAUAUCAUAGAGCACUGUAAAGAAUCCAUAAUAUGAUCUAUUUAUUUGUCCUUUUUUGUGCCCAAAUGUCUCACAAUGAUCAUCCUAGUCACAUCCUUGAUAGUUUAUUAUGACCCAAAUCCCAGCACCAAACUUCAAUGUCAGCAGGUCCACUCUUCAAGAGUUAUUGUGUAAUUUGUUUAACUGCAUUUUACCUCCCAACUUUUUCAACAUCAAAGUGUUUUUAAAAGCCUACCCCUUUCCAUGCUCCUGUGCCCAUGGAAGAAGAUUUCUGUGAAAUGGUAAACGAUGGUAGCUGCCCAGGAAGUGAAUCCUGCUGGGCCGUGGUGGAGCGAAUCUGCACCGAGACGAGGACAAUAAAGCAUUCACUUGUAAUGUG